ACUUUCGCUUUCUUUUCCGGUUCGGACAGGCUUUGCGACGUUGACAACUUAAAAAAAAAAAAACUCGCUAACAUAGACUAAAGGCAUAAAGGAAAGGUCACUUUAAGACUAAAACAGACUGUAACAAAAUGCCUCUGUGUUACAUUCACACAAACAAGAAAGAGUCUGAUUUAAAAGAAGGCAUUGAAUUAAGAUUGGCAGCAGGAAUAGCACACAUAUUGAGUAAACCUUUGGAGCGGAUGAUUAUCAUCAUUGUUCCUGGUGUUAGGUUACUUCGCCAUGAAAGUACUUCUCCUGCCUGUACACUCAAUAUAAAUGCCAUUGGUGUAUUUGAUGCUGAGAGGAAUCCUACAUAUUCACCAGCUAUUAAAAAAUUGCUUCAAGAUGAAUUGGAGUUACCAGCAGAGAGGUGUGUGAUUGUGUAUCAUGAUCUAGACAAAAACUUCCUUGGGUGAUUGAUUGGAGAAGGAGAGAUCUAAGAUUUCAAACAGUGAUUAUAAUUAAACAGAGAUGGUUGGAUGUUUAAAAUUUCAAAUAGUCAUUGAGAUUUAAAAAAAAAUAUUUUGUUAUUUUAAUAGAAUCAGAAAGGUUUAUUUUUUCUUUUCUGUAAUAUUUUACAAGCUAUGGGUCGCUUGUUAUUGAUGAAUUAAAUCAUCAACAAUGUUUAUGUUUUUUUUUCUAAGCUUGAAGUAAUCAGAUUUCCCUAUAUACUCAGGUUGUGUCAAAAACAGAACUUUCUUUUUUUCCUUGUGUAUAAAUUUGCAGGCAAGGAGACUUAACUCUCUAAAAACCAUCUCAAAAGAUUACUUAAUAGGACCAGUUAAUGCUAUCAAUUAUUAAAAUUAACCAUUGAUUCAAUUAAAACAAAGUCGUAUCUACAGUUGUAUGUUUUCAAUAAAAGAAAAUUAAGUCAGUUUGUUUUUAUAAUUGCUGCAUUAAAACAAGUGCUUUACUUUAAAGUUGAUUGCACUGUGUCAAAUACAUGUCCAUAGGUCAUCAAAUUGUAUAACUAUUUCAUAAAAUAAUUCUGUAUUAUGAUCAGUGAUCUGCACUUGUAUAUUGUAGACCUUAAAAUUAAAUCAGUACCUGCAUGAGCUCUCCAAUAAUUUCUUACUAAAAUUCACUUACAGCAAACAAAAGAAAAGUAUUUGUCAUUAAAUAUCCAUCCUUGAUAUAAUAUAAUCUACUGAUCUAAACACUAUUUUUGGCCGAUAGUAGUCAGCUAUAUUUUAAUAGUACUUUAAAUUUCAUUCCUUAUUAUAACUGUGAAUGUAUGUUAGAUGGUAUUAAUAAAAUUGCAUUUUGUAUACUUCUUUAUGCAGCUUUUAUUGUAACUGUUCAACUGUCAUGAUAAUUGUGUCCCUCAGUGUGGCUUAAAAGGUGGUGGUUAUUUUUACUUUAUGUUUCUGAUUGCAUAAUAAGGAUUUGGAAUGUACAUUUUUCUUUAAUUAAUGCUGUUUAUUUUCAAUUGCUGAAAUACCAAUGUUCCAGAGGCUAAAAAUUACUUUAUGAUGAACAAAGUGCAGCAACAAGUUAGAUAAAUUAGUCAUUGUACUCGUAAAGUUAGCAUGUCUACAAAUUUGUGCUCUAAUCUAAUCCUAGGGUAUCAAUACAAUUUAUAGAUAAAUUUUUAUCAUGACAUUUUCACUGAAUUAGGGGAAACAACAGAGUUUAUUAAUUAUUUCAACUUGGGAUUUAUUUCUUAUUCAGGCAUAUUUACUUGGUAUAAAACUGAACUAUUUUAACUGCUAGAACUAGUAGAACACCUCCAAUCAUUGUGAUAUGAUUUUUGAAGAUUGGUACUUUUACUAAAUUUUAGUUGGAUUGACAUAUUCAAAUACACAUUUUUAAACUUAUGUCUAGCUUCCAGCUCUUGAAAAUAUAGUUCACAGUUUUGCUCAAUUAUUUAAGGUUGUAUUUGUAUGUUCAUGUUACUUUUCUCAACAUAUUUUAUGAUAAAACAAAAUGAUACCUAUUAGUAUUAUAAUAAAACAUUUUACAUCAGA